AUGGCUUGGUUGCUGCUGCUGGCAGCGGCAUUCCAAGCCUCGCCUGUAUUCGCCGACGUCACUGUUGGCACGCAGCUUGCCGACCAGUACCCCCCGCUCGCGCAUGUCAGCCAAGCAUAUGACUGGCAGUUUUUGAAGGAUACCUUUUCCUCAGACAGCGGAAGCCUUACAUUCUCCGCAGAUGGCCUCCCCAGCUGGGCCAAGAUUGAUUCCAAAUCGGGCCGGAUUACCGGUAACCCCAGCAAGAGUGGGUCGGGCGACCAAACAUCGCAUGUUACCAUUACUGCGAGCGAGGGCGGUAGCAAGAGUAAGAAGGCGUCGUCUGCUUUUGACUUGGUGACCAUUGCUGCGCCUGCGCCCACGCUGAAGACGUCUCUGCAGGACCAGCUUCCCAAGGCUGCAUCUAUGGGCCAAGGAAAUAUGAUGCCAAACAAGGUUUUGCAUCUUCCCCUUGGAUGGUCGUUCAGUAUCGGCUUCGACGGCGAUACGUUUGUCUUGCCGCAGGACGACCAUGUCCACUACUCGACCUACUUGGCCGGCGCCAAGCCGCUUCCAAGCUGGCUUGUGUUUAACGAGGAGGAGAUGACCUACUCGGGUAUUGCGCCUACGAACCCUGGCCCAAAUGGGACCUAUUUUGACGUGAUUCUCUUUGGCUCGAACCGGCCCAACACGGGUGGCCCCUCGAGCAACUUUACCAUUUACGUUGCCGGCGGCAUCAUCACCAGCAACUCGACAGCCGGUCCGACCGUUUUUAAUGUGACCGAAGGGCAGCCGUUCUCGUACGGUGUGGACGCGCUCAACACAUCGACGCUCCUAGUCGAUGGUAAGCCUGCUCGUGGCGGACAGUUCGAGAUCCAAGCGGCGAACAAUGUGCCCGACUGGAUCUCGUACGAUUCCACCUCGCACAACAUCACGGGCAAGGCGCCGUUCGAGACAAAAAACACCAACUACACGCAGACGAUUAUCCCCCUGCAAAUCACGCACGAUGGUUCGACGCCGAUGGACUACAAUGUGACGAUGGACGUAUACCCUUCGCCCUUCAACGCAGAGACAUUGCCGAAUGCCACCGUGUCCACCGGCAAAGAGUUCGAAGUGCGUAUCGACAAGCUCCUCCGCGAUACCAAGACCAAGGCAAGCGUUGACUUUGGCAGCGACCUUUCUAAGCGGUCCAUUCGCUUUGUCAACGGUCGCAUUGCGCACCACAACCUGCGCCGCGCUGCACCAUCGUGGCUGCACUACGACGACGAGACAAAGAAGAUCUCUGGUACUGCACCAGACAGUGAGCAGCAGCUCAACGUCCAGGUGUCGGCAGCGAACCCUGUACCGAACGCCCCGGUUCCCGACUCGGUUUCGUCCUUUACGCUUUUUGUGCGCAAUGGAUCCCACCCCGAGACGGCGCCUGGUGCAGGCGACGGCCUAUCGCCGGGUGAGAAGGGUGCGAUUGCUGGUUCGAUCCUGGGUGCUGCACUCCUUGCUGCGAUCGCCGGUACGCUUUUCUACUUUUGCUGCUACAAACGCCGCCGUCGCCAGGCUCCGGUGUCUGAGGAAGCGGCCACGGCCCCGGCUAUAGCCGAGACGGAAGAGAAGGAGGAGCCCGCUGCGCCUGCCGAGGCGGAAGAGAUGCCUGCGAAUGCCGUUUCGCCCUACAUUCCCCAGUCGGAGCGCCCGUACGAGGAUAUUCACCCCGUGCCCGAGCGCGAGCCAAACACGUACUCUUCGACAAACUGGACUGCCCCAGCUGCGGGUACCGCCGGUGUCGGUGCUGGCUUGGCCGCCGGAUUCGCGGCGCACAAGGCUGGUGAUCGCACGAGCGGUGCGUCGGCCGGCCAGCGCUCUACCGCUCCGUCCGGCCCGGCAACCAAUGCCGAGGUCCCCUCGAGUCCUCAGUGGCAGCGGGCGGACGAGGAGAUGAAUCCCACGCCUUUCCUGGCCCAAUCUCACUGGACGCCUCCUGUAUGGACGCAAAUGGCGCCCGGUGCGGCACGCAACGCACGGACCUCGACGCAAUCCGACAAGCCAGCGCAGCCAGCGACGCGCGCCGAUCUCGGUCGCUCCUGGCCUCGCACCAAGUCCCAAGCGGCGCUCCCCGAUGCGCCGUUUACGUCGAUCGACAUGCAUUCGCCUCCACAAGGAGAGUCGGACGGCCACUUUUCUUCUGCGCCCGAGACGCAGGAAGGCACGGACGAGAAUGCGACAGCGACCCCUGCACAGCCUGAGUCUGAACCCAAGCGGUCAUCUACCGCGAUGGGGGGCAUCCUCGGUGGCCUCGCCGCAGCGACGGGCCUCGCUGGUCUCGGCGUGAGCAAGAAGUCGGAGAAGGACAUCGCAAAGGAGCGCGAGGCAGAGGAGGAGGAGCAAGAAGAGGAGAAGGAGGAAGAUGUUGAAGAGCCCCGCAAGCCCACCAUUCUCUCGCAGAUCUUUGGCGGCGGCAAAGUUCAGGACGAGGAGGCGGCCAUCAAGUCGAGCGCGCCUGCAGCUACCACGGUCGAAGACGCGACGACGCCAGACGAGGCCGAGGACAUCAAGCCUGUCCAGGACAAGGGUACCUCGGCGGCGCUGCCUCAUGAGCGUGCAAGCUGGGAGGACGACCUGUGGUACGGCGAGCGUGACCAGACGGCGAACCGCAGCGAGAUCCCGGCCGCAGGCGAGGCGCCGCGACUGCGCCACGUCUCGGGCUCGGUUGCGGAUGCCCCUCGGCCCCUAUCGGAGGUGAGCCAAGGCCGCUCGGCGGCGCCCGAGUCGCAGGAUGUGCAUUCUUCCGACGGCAUGUCGUCGGAGAUGUUCACGGCACGCACGCGCCAGACUGAGUCGUCGCACGAGCACGGCCCUGCGCCGCUGUCCAACGAUACCCGCCGCGUCUCGGCUGCCGCGCUUGGUGCCGAGGCUUUUGGCACCCGCACCGGACCUGCGCCGCGUGUUGCGUCGCAGAACUGGGUGCGUCUCGACGAUGGCGAUGAGUCGAUCUCGUACCUGGGCCCUGUCGACGAGGCAGCCUAUCCCCAGGACCAUAUGACGAUUGUCACGCAGCCUUCGGCGUCGGAGACGGUGGCCGAGCCCAAGCCUGAGGAGCAAGUGCAGGAAGACGAGGCGAUUGCCGAGUCUGCGCCUGUGCCUGCCAAGGAGCCUGCGCCUGCGUCCGAGGCUGCAGAGAAGUCUGCGCCCGUGCCUGCGCAGGCGUUGCCUGGCUCGAUCUCGGUGCGCACGGUGCCUUCCGAGCCUGCGCAGCCCACGCAGCCCGCGCUCGAGACGCUUACGAUGGACAAGCCCGUGCAAGACCCCGCGCCGACGUCGGCCACGUCGACCUUGUCGCCGUCGCCGAUGGAGCCUGGCUGGGACGACUUGGUGCAGGAUGAUGGCCCGAUGAGCCCCGUGCGCAGCAGCACGACGCAUGCGAUGCCGCUCAGUGCCGCGGAUGCGUACGUGCGCUCGCCGCCGGACGCUGCGCUCGAGCAGUUUGCGCCGUGGCAGCAAUUCGGCCUCUUUUCGCCUACGAUCCCCGACCCUGAGCAGGAGCGCCGCGCGCUGGCGAGCAGCGCGACCGCCCCCCAGCUCGGCCCUGUCGUGACGGGCGGCAUGUUGUCGCCGCUGCCUACGACAGGCACGCCGCAGCUCUCGCCGGUGAACGCCGGGGGUAUCAUGUCGCCCCUUGCGUCCGGCAUGCCGUUUGGCAGCCUGGACCGCGCCUCGUCGCUCGGCCAUGCCCCCAGGCUCCCCGGCUCGCCGACGCAGCCGCUGGACGCGCAGGCCCGCUUUGUGCCGCAGCACCAAGCGCGCCUCGAGGAAGGCACGUCCAAGGUGCGGCCCGGCAGCCAGGCUGUCGAGCCGCAGGAGCUCACGGGCAUGUUUGACGAUGCGGACAACGACCCUGCCGUCGAUCCCUUUGCUGGGAACCAAUACCCCUACGGCACGGUCCUUGGCCAGACCCCCAACGCGCGCCCCACCUCCAUGCAACCCUCGGAAGGUUCGAGCAACAAUGCGGAGGAGUUCCGUGGCACCGAAGGCGCGAUUGCACAGAUGAUGUUCGGCAGCGAGAGCGAUGCCGAGUCGCGCCGCACGAGCGCCAUCUCGUCUGCAAACGCCCAUGAGCAGCCUAAGGAGGCCGAGCCUCGUGCACCCGUCGUGCCGGUCCCUGCUGCCGCGGAAGAGACACCUGCCGAGGACACGACAGUGCGCCCGAACAAGGCGCCCUCGCCGCCGGCAGCCGCCCCCCCGCGCUCCUCGACGAUGGCCUCGAUCCAAAUGGCGCAGUCGCGCUCGGUCUCCUUCUCGCGUGCCAAGCCUCCGCGCCUGCAGCUCAUGAGCUGCCGCCCUGACGAGGCGAUCUCGCUCCCGCUAAUGAGCUCGCAAGUCUCCAUUCCCCACCACCUCUUGGACCAAGCAGGUGCCCGGUCCUCUGCUCGCUACCUCCCCCAACUCUUUGCUCCCUCGCGCCCCGACCUGCACGAGAAGUGGCCUUCGUGGCUCUCGUGGCUCUCGUGGGAUGCCGAGCAGCAGGAGCUGACGGGCACAGUCCCACCGAGCUUUGCGGAGGAGCACCGCCUGCCGAUGCAGCUCCCGAUUCACAUCCUGCUGGAGAACGGACACCAGAUCCUACAGGAGAGUGGACAGGAGCGGCCAGACCCGGCGACUGCCUCGGCACCGCUCCUUGUGGCGCGUAUCCUAUUGACGGUACUCCCUGCCGCCCAGCCCCGCGAACCUUAG